UCUCCAAUAUAAAGUUUUAUUUAUUAAACAAGACGAGAGAAAAUAAUUUAACUAGGAAGAAUAAAAAGCUGAGACAGAAUUACAAGUUUAAGGUAUCUAGAGAAGCAUAAGAUAAAUUUUAAAUUAAAAUUUCUUUUUUUUAAAUUACGGGUACGAGGUGUCUGAUUUAACGACGACUUUGGCUACUUUUUUACAUUAAUUAUUUAUUUUUGGGACGAGUUUUAGUAAUUGUUACUAUUUAUUAGAAUGUAUGUCAGUUCAAUAAUUGUCAGUGUUUUAUUAGUAACUAAAAUAGUUGCCGAAGACACAGCAUUUAAUAACAACAAUAAUGACAUUAAUAUCAAUGAAAAUGAUAAUGUUUUAAAAAAACGUGUCGCUGCAAUGGGUUUUCAAGGUACGCGUGGUAAAAAAGACGCUAAUAAUUUUGACGAUGAUGAAUUUUCUAAACGUGCAGCUAUGGGUUUCCAAGGCAUGAGAGGAAAGAAAGACCCAACGGGCCCAGAUUCAAUGGACAAUUUGGUAGACUAUGAAUUUGAAAAACGCGCCCCGAUGGGUUUCCAAGGAAUGCGUGGAAAAAAAGAUGAAUAUUUAUCAUCACUGACUGAUGAUUUUAAUGACGGAUUUUAUCAUGAUGAUGAGUAUGACAAGCGGGCCCUGAUGGGUUUUCAAGGGAUGCGCGGCAAAAAAGAUUCGCCGUUGGAGGACGAAUAUUACAAGCGUGCAAUGAUGGGGUUUCAAGGAAUGCGCGGAAAAAAAUCAAUUGAAGAAAUUUUAGAUGAAAUCGAAAAAAGGGCUGAGUACUACGGGAUCCCAUCAGACAGAAUGUCGCUCAAUGAUUAUAUAGAUGAUUACGAAAAACGAGCAUCUGCGAUGGGUUUCCAAGGGAUGAGAGGCAAAAAAGACGAAUACGAAAAUUUUGAGUGGGAGAAAAGGGCCCCAAUGGGGUUUCAAGGAAUGCGUGGAAAGAAAGCUCUUUUACAUGAACUCCAGGAGCUUCAAAAAAAGGCUAUAAUGGGCUUUCAGGGAAUGAGAGGCAAAAAAAAUGAAGAAAAUUAUUAUGAGUAUCCUGUGGACUCAAGUGAGUUUGGUAAAAGAGCUCCCGUGGGAUUUCAAGGUAUGCGAGGUAAAAAGGACGGCUGCAAACGAGAUAUGAGAUUUGUUGGAAUGAGAGGAAAGAGAAAUGUCCCUGGAUUUUAUGAUAUCAAUGAUUAUCACGACAGCCCUAAAUCGUUAGAUUCAAGAUUUAUUGACACUCCCAUACAUUUUGACAAAAGAUCAUCCUAUGGUUUUUUUGGUAUGAGGGGUAAAAAAAUUCCACGAUGGGAAAUUCGUGGUAAAUUUGUCGGUGUACGCGGUAAAAAGUGGGUAUCACAAAAUUUUGAUAAUACCGAUAAAUCAGUAACUAAUGGCUUUGAUAAAAAAAAUAAUAAUAAUGAGAGGAUUAUUGGUAUUAAAAAUGAAAAUUCUUCUAAAUUCAAUAACCAGUAAUAUGGAAAAUUGUCUUAUAUUUAUUUACUUGAAAUCUGGAAAAUAAAAUGAAUAAAUCCACGAAAAAUUAAUAAAACCUUUGACAAAUUUAUAAAUAUGUUAGAUACUUUCUUUAA